CCGGGCGACCCCCGAGUCCCGGCCUCCUUUUUGCCGCCCCGUCGCCCUCCCACCCGACCAGGCGGAGGAGCUGCGGGAGCGCUGAUUGGCUCCGGGGGAAGCGGGAGGCGAGAACAAUGGCCCCCUCCCCCAGUUAAAAGGGAGCGGCUCCCGGGCCCGGGGACAGGGACGCGCGUGCAGGGCGCAGAGCUGGGCCGAGCCGCCGCCAGUGCCACGCGAGUCCCGCAGCCGCCGCGUCCGGGCCAUGGGCCGGGGGCACUGAGGGCCGCCAGGGCCGAGCGCGGAGGUGGGACCGAGCCAGUGCCUUGCCCUCGCGCCGCGCCAACAUGCCCCGCGGCUUCCUGGUGAAGCGCAGCAAGAAGUCCACGCCCGUGUCCUACCGGGUCCGCGGCGGCGAGGACGGCGACCGCGCGCUGCUGCUCUCGCCUGGCUGCGGGGGCGCCCGCGCCUCGCCCCCAGCGCCGAACGCCGGGCCGGGACCGCUGCUGCCGCCCGCCGAGCGCGCCCAUGCGGCGCUCGCUGCCGCGCUCGCCUGCGCGCCGGGCCCGCCGCCGCCCCCGCCGGGCCCGCGGGCCGCGCACUUCGGCAACCCCGAGGCCGCGCACCCAGCGCCGCUCUACAGCCCCACGCGGCCGGUGAGCCGCGAGCACGAGAAACACAAGUACUUCGAGCGCAGCUUCAACCUCGGGUCACCGGUCUCCGCAGAGUCCUUCCCCACGCCCGCCGCUCUGCUCGGAGGCGGCGCCGGCGCCGGCGCCGGCGUGAACGGCACGGGCGGCGGCGGCACCUGCGGCGGCGACCCGCUGCUCUUUGCGCCCGCCGAGCUCAAGAUGGGCACGGCGUUCUCCGCGGGCGCCGAGGCGGCCCGCGGCCCAGGUCCUGGUCCCCCGCUGCCCCCCGCAGCCUCCCUGCGGCCCCCGGGGAAGCGGCCCGCGCCCCCCACCGCCACCGCCGCCGAGCCGCCCGCCAAGGUAGCCAAGGCCCCGGGCGCCAAGAAGCCCAAAGCCAUCCGCAAGCUGCACUUCGAGGACGAGGUGACCACGUCGCCUGUGCUGGGGCUCAAGAUCAAGGAGGGCCCAGUGGAGGCGCCGCGGGGCCGGGCGGGGGGCGCGGCGCGGCCGCUGGGCGAGUUCAUCUGUCAGCUCUGCAAGGAGGAGUACGCCGACCCGUUCGCGCUGGCGCAGCACAAGUGCUCGCGCAUUGUGCGCGUGGAGUACCGCUGCCCCGAGUGCGCCAAGGUCUUCAGCUGCCCCGCCAACCUGGCUUCACACCGCCGCUGGCACAAACCGCGGCCUGCGCCCGCUGCCGCCCGCGCGUCCGAGCCUGAAGCCGCUGCCAGGGCUGAGGCGCGGGAGGCGACAGGCGGCGGCAGCGACCGCGACACGCCGAGCCCCGGCGGCGUGUCCGAGUCGGGCUCCGAGGACGGGCUCUACGAGUGCCACCACUGCGCCAAGAAGUUCCGCCGCCAGGCCUAUCUGCGCAAGCACCUGCUGGCACACCACCAGGCGCUGCAGGCCAAGAGCGCGCCGCCUGCGCCUCCGGCUGAGGACCUACUGGCCUUGUACCCUGGGCCUGACGAAAAGGCUCCCCAGGAGGCGGCCGGCGACGGCGAGACGGCCGGCGUGCUGGGCUUGAGCGCGUCGGCCGAGUGCCACCUGUGCCCGGUGUGCGGGGAGACGUUCCCCAGCAAGGGAGCCCAGGAGCGCCACCUGCGCCUGCUGCACGCCGCCCAGGUGUUUCCUUGCAAGUACUGCCCGGCCACCUUCUACAGCUCGCCCGGUCUCACGCGGCACAUCAACAAGUGCCAUCCGUCCGAGAACAGACAGGUGAUCCUCCUGCAGGUCCCCGUGCGUCCGGCCUGCUAGAGCGCGCCCUCCACCCCGGCCCCCACUCCCCGCCCCGGAACUGUGCCUUCUCUUGGAGACCCACGAGGAGAGCGCGCCCUGCGCGCCCUGAACCCGCGUCCGCGCCGGGGGCGCCCACCCCCGGUGAAAGUGUUGUCUCCGCUUCUCUCGGUGUGGCGUGACGGUAACCCCGGUCCUCUCGUUGUGACUCCUUUUGGACCCCCACCCCCACCCCUUUUGCGUUGUGUCCCCUUUCCCCACUUGGCGCAACAGGAGCCCGUCUCUUUUCUGUACAAGAGGGAAAAGCUGUACGCGUUUGUCUCGUGGUUGGAAGCUUCCCCCUUGGAGCGGAGAGCUGUUUUUCUUGCUAGUAUUCGCUGUGUUCAUGGUCUAGAAAUGCGGUUUGCUCUCGCCUACCAAUCUCUGCUCUCUAUGUAUGUAGCGUACGGGUUGUUUUGGGUGAAUCUUGAGGAAUAAAUGCCUUUAUAUUUCACAGGCUGUAAAUUGAACUUCCCACACGAUUAGCUUUAUUAUGGCUUGUGAACUGCUGGAGUCUGGCUUUACCUUUUUGUAUGUGAACAAAUCAAAUUGCUUAAAAAAGAGUUUUCUUUAGUAUAGCCACAAAUGCCUUGAACUGUUGUCUGUUUGGGAUUGUUUUUGGGGGGAGGGAAGGGAAUAUUCAGAAAAUGCUGUAGAAACUGCCUCAAUACUUCACAUAAGACUCUUUGGUUUGAUCAUCUUUGUUGAGGUAGGACUAUAUGAGUUCUCUCUAAAUGUAUAUGUUGAUUUAUGAGUAAUUGUUAUUUAUUCUUUAUUUAUUUAUAUUAAUUAUGAAGAUUAUGAUAUUAUUUGAUUGCAGGUCUUUUUUUUUUUCUUUUGGUACGCUUCCCCCCCUUGCCACUCUUGACAUUUCACUGUGCAUUUUAGAAGAGAGCCUUUUUCUAAAGGGAUCUGUUAAAAGUUUUAACUUUUAUACCUAUCUGAGCGAAUUACAGACAACCUACCAUUUUAUUCUGCUUGGAGGGACCCUGGAGCCCUCAUACAACUGACAGCUCUUACUUUUAAAUGCAAUCUCUUUUCUACAUACAUUAUUUUCUUAAUUGUUAGCUAUUUAUAGAAAGCUUCAAUAGAACUGUUUCAACUGUAUAACUAUUUACUAUUCAAAUAAAAAUAUUUUCAAAGUCAAA